AAAAAAAACCACGUUGCGCGAUUGCUCUUCAAUUGUGUCAAGCACAUAUUUAACAUAAAGUAUGUUUCAAAAGAAAAGAUUUAGAUUAUAAUUUCUUGAAUUGUUCAUUUUAUCUAGAAUAAUAUAUACGGAUACACGUAUAUCUGAAUUGUGUAUUAUCAUGUUUUAUCUACAUAUAAACACAGAUGAAAUUAUCUAAGAGUUUCCGACUUCACUUUGUUUGGCAAAACUGUAUAGAUUUGAAUAGACUCGAAGGACAACGCGAUUACAACGGAUGUUACAUCGAAAACACAUUUCGUCAAAACAGAUUUCUUCUAAAUCCUCACUCCAGACUGAGCAGAUUCUUUACAAACGUGCGAGGAUACUUCGAGAACUUUUGCAUUGAGAAACUAAAAAGCAAGUGCUUUAAAUUUGUAAAACAACAUGAGUAGCAACAAGAUAAAUAAAGCUUUGACUGACAUACCGGAAACAAAAUGGAUAUCUUUGGAAGAAUACGAGCAGCUCUAUGUGGAUUUAAAAAACGCUCAUCAGGAGACCGCGAGACUUUAUCAGAAAUUAAGCAGCGCUCGAAAAGCCUUGGAUGAUGGAACACGUAACCUUCGAGCAAUCGAACGCGAGAAAAACUUAUUGGAAAUGCAAGUUAACACAGUUCGAAGAUUACUGUUCAAUGAUAAACAAAUAAACUUAGACGAGGAAGUCAGGAAAAAACUCGAAUUUCUCGACGCCGAGAGCAAAUUUGAUAGUCUGAGUAUCAAAGACAAACACAGCAAAUGUAGUAGUAUGACUACAAAUACAACCGGUUCGAUAUUAAGCGAUCUGAAUCUCUUAUCUAAAUCUGAAGAAUCCGACCUAGACACAUUUAGAAAAGCUCAAUGGCAGAGAUUGCGGAAAGAACACAAGGUCAAUAACGAACAUGUUGCAAACAAACAAUGCAGCACAUUAGAAAAAGUAGCAGAAUUUAAUUCAUCCAGUAAAACUAUACCUGCAAUAGUUAAAUCUGAUAAAAAGAAUAUUGAACCGAAACUGUUGUUGAAUGCAAAUCACAACAUUGUGUCAAAGAUAGUUAUUACACCAAUAACAUGUAUUGGAUGUAAUAAAAGAAUCAGGUUUGCAAAAAUAGUGCUAAAAUGUAAAACUUGCUCCAUUAUAUGCCAUACAAAGUGCAGGACUCGAUUUUUUUCGUUUUUAUGCAUUGAUGAAAAAUCAUCAAAAUUUCAGGAUGUAAAGCGAAAUGAAAUCAAGAUGUAAAAGAUAUUCACCACAUAAUUAUCUAUCUAUAAUUAUCUAAUAAUUAUUUGACUAAAUCUUGUUUAAGAGGUUCAUUUUAUUACUUUAUUAUAUUCGAAAAAUUAUUUAUUUUUUCUUGUAAUCUAUUGUAAGUAUAAAAAAUAUUUUAUAUUUUUUACUAAAUGUAUAGCAGUUUUGUAUGGUUUGUAUAUUCUUUCAUUUGAUAUAUAUACAUUGAUAAAAUGUUAUUAAUAAAAUUAUAAUAAACAAUUUGUGUACACUGUAUAAUAUUUUUCAUAUAUUGAUAUACACACGUUAUUUUGUUACUAAUAAAAUUACAAUAAGCAAUUUGUAUAAUGCUUUUGAUUUUUAAACAGGGAUUUUCCC